AUGACCCCCACCCUCACCUCCAGGCUGUCCCGCUUCCCGCCGGCCCUCACCAUUGCCAUCAUCGCCACCGCCCUAUUCGCCACCUACUACCUAGCCCCGUCAACCCCCUAUCAUUUCUCCACCUCCAGCUGGUCAGUAACGCCUCCCACACUGCCUUCCGCCUGGUUAUCGGACGACGGCCAUCUGGACUUCCGUCUUGGCGGAGCCUUUCGCAGCAGGUACACCCUGCUCCAGGAGUACUCGGGCGGAUACUCCUGCGACGAGGAGGAGAUUCUGGCGGAUGGACAGAGGGUGUGCCAUAACACGGUCAGCGUUCUGAGGAGUCUAUGGUCCAAUGUAAGAGCGCAGCAGCGGUACCUGGCGGACGAAAAGGUUCGGGAAGAUGCAAGGAUCGCGGGGAAAGAGGAAGGAGUUGUGGCUCCAUUAGAUCACCUAGAUGCGACGAACCGGCUUCAGGCCGAAGAGUUCAGCGAGACGUUCCAGAACAUCUCGUCCAUAGUGGGGAAAAGAAUACUCGUCAUUGGCGACAGCCUAGACCGGAACUGGAUCACCGAGCUCGUCGGCAUCACCGCUCCCUCCUCACAUCACCGCAACCACGACCUCUCCUCCUACGUCCCGGCGGAUGCAGCGCCGUUAGCACCACGCUCGUCACCCUCCAACAGUACGGAUCUCGGGACCGUGCAGGCCCUCGACAAAAGGCGGACCGGCUUCUUCGAGUGCAGCACCGCGGUCGUCCCUAUCGCAUCUUCCCCUUCCCUGUCCUCGGAUCGCGUUGCCAUCGGCGACACCUUUAUCCCUCCCUUUAAUCGUGACCUCCCUGGCGCGGAUCAGCAAUUCCGCAUCGACUUUGUCUUUGCCUUUGGGGUCCUCAACGAAGGCGCCAAGCCCAGUAUGCCGGGUAAUACCAGCCACCGGGUUGAGGCGCUUCGGCAGGUUGUUGGAGGCGGUAAGAGAAACCACGACAGUAGACCGUAUGACGCCAUCACUGUCAACUUUGGGCUAUGGGACCUCGUCGGGUUCCAACGUCGCGCCUACCUCGCCACCGCCGCGGACAAGGAGCCGGGCCUCACUUUCGAGUGGAUCGCAGAGUACACCCAAACCUGCCAACGGUUCAUCCAAUCCCUUCGCGACACAUACGGUUCUCACACCCCCAUCUACUUUCGCCUCGCACAUGUCACAGGUCCAGGCCUGAUUGGGCGUGACCUGCUCGGUCUUCCUCCCAAACUCCACGCUCUGGCCGAAGCCGAGAUGGUGCCAACAUUCAAGCCGCUGCGAGUCGCUCAGCUAAGGCGUGCGCAGAUCGACCUGGCGAAGAGUAUGGGCGUGACUACGAUCAACUUUGCGAGGCGGUUUGAAGGGUAUGGCACAGAGAUGGCUAGGGAUGGGACACAUCCCAAGCCCGAGGCGGACCAGGUGUAUGCGGAGUUGUUGCUGCGGCAAUUGAUGACUCACUGA